GGGACUCUAAGCAACCGGAAGUGGAAUAGAAUCAAGAUGGCCGCUGCAUGAGGAGUUUCGCUCGCACAGCUUUUGCCAUAUAAUAAGAGAUCCCUAUAUAGUGCCAAGAAUAUCAAGUCUCGUCAUGUCGUCUAUCGAGAAAAUGCAAGUUUGUGGAAUAAGGAGCUACUCCCAUCAAGAAAGAUGUGUGAUAGAAUUUCAGAAGCCACUGACUCUCAUUGUUGGACACAAUGGCGCAGGAAAAACUUCAGUAAUUGAGUGCUUGAAGUAUGUAACCACGGGAGAUAUGCCACCUGGGAGCAAGUCGUCUUUUGUGCAUGACCCUAAGGUUGCAGGUGAACAAGAGGUCAAGGGGCAGAUCAAGUUAAAAUUCAAGGAUGUGACUGGAAAUUAUGUGGUGGUGACCAGAACACUUGUUGCUCAGCAAAAGGGCAAGAAGCUGGAGACUCGAACUAUGGAUGGGGUGAUCAUGAGGGAAGUACAUGGACAGAGACAAAGCAUCAGCUCCAAAUGUGCUGAAAUCAACAGAGAGAUGAUUUCAUUUCUUGGAGUGUCCAAAGCCGUUCUGGAAACAGUAAUUUUUUGUCACCAAGAAGAAUCAAACUGGCCACUAAGUGAAGGGAAAGUCCUCAAACAGAAAUUUGAUGAAAUAUUUUCAGCAACGAGGUAUAUCAAAGCACUAGAUGCAAUCCAGAAGCUUAAAAAAGAACAGAUGGGUGUGGUUACAGAAUGUGAAACAGAGCUGAAAUACCUAAAAGAAAACAAAGACAAAGCACAAGAGAUAGCAGAAGAGUUGGAGAGGACGCAGGGGAAAGUUGUCUCAACAAGAGAUACUAUUUCAAACCUACAGAGGAAACUGCAACCUAUAGAGGAGAGAAUUUCUGAGUUGGCACAAGUCUCUGAUGAAGUACAUGAUCUAGAGAAACGUGCAGAGUCUCUUUCCGCUCACAAACGACAACUUUUGAAGGUGGCUGUAGACCUGCAAGACAAGAUAACACAUCCAUUCAGUGGCUCUACCGAGGAAUUGCAAGAAAUAUUUGAUGAGUUCAGAAAUAAGAUCCAGGAAAAAGACAGGCAGCUGCUUCAGAGCACCAAUCAGCUUGAAAACAUCCAGGGAGAGCUGCUGAAGCUGAGUGACUCCAAGAGCAGAGUUUUACUUGAUCAUGGGAAACUAGAGCAGCAAGCACAGAGACAAGAAGAUACCAUCAAGCAAAGAGACCAGAUGGUGGCAGAUCUUGCAGCGCAGUAUGGAUUGUCAGGUUAUGACCAGCAGCCAAUGGGUGAAAAACAGGCUGAAAAAUUCAUGAGCGACCUCAAGCAGAAGUUCCAAGAAGAGUAUGACGACACAAAAAGGCAAAAGCAAUUGUUUGAUGAAAGGAUCAAGGCAGUGCAGAAAAAGAUUGAUGACAUGAAGAAAAGUCAAGCGAUGUGCGAGGAGACAAUCAGACUUAAGAAAAAACAGAUGAGGGAUAACCAGCAGAAGCUGCGUCAGAUCGGACAAGAGUUGAGCAAUGUGGAUGCGUCUGCCAAUAGACUAAAGACGUUGGAUGCCGAGCUGCAGAGAACGGAGAGAGAACUGAAGGAGUUACGCGAGCAGGGGAACAUCGACGAGAUGAAUGCAGAGAUUGAUCGGCUGCAGGCAGAGAAGCGGCAGAUUGACAGUGAGCUCAGAAAACUUCAGGAGGAACAGCAGGCCAUGCAUCACCAGUCCUCCACCCAGGCCAAGCUGGACAUGCUGACCAAGGAGAAGAGUGCCAAGAUGGAUGCCAUUCAAAAGAUACGCGAUCAGCACGAGCAUGAUAUCCAGGCUACACUGGGUGGGGUGCGAGGAGGAGAGGCCUUGUCAGAUAGGCUGUCGCAGUACCUCGGAGGAAAGAAGCGAGAGUUGCAGCAGAUGAGAACCAGUAUGCAGAAGAUGAAGCAGGAGAUGUCUGCUAAAGACGCCAACAAAAAGAUGAUAAUGGAGCAAAUCCGCCGUAAGGAGGAGCAGUGCAUGGUCUUCAAAGAUCAGCUGAAGGAGGCUUGCGGAGACAGGAACUACAACACCGUCAAAGAAGAACUGCAGGAAAGCGUAUCAUUCUUGAGAGACGAGAAGGGAAUAUCUGCAUCUAUUGAGAAGAUCUACCAAAAGUAUAUCAAGAAGUUGACAGAUCCGAGCGUGAAGAACGACGGGUGCCCACUGUGUCAUCGCCGAUUUGAAGCAAACGCGCAGAUCAAGGCCCUUGUUGAUGAGUUGAAGACAAAGAUGCGAGACCUCCCUGCUAAGACAGCAAACAACGAGAGACUGCUUGUUGAGGAACAAAGACGCUUUGAUAGACUUCUUGAGCUAGGACCAAGCCGAGACAAUCUGGAGAGGUUACAGUCUCAGGAAAUCCCCGAGACCAAGUCCAAGCUGACCAAACUAACGGAAGACAUCGAGCGCAUAAGCGAGCAAGUGAUUGAGCUCGAAGAUGCUUGUAGCCUUACGGAGAGUGAGGAGCAGAGCGCACGGGAGAUGCAGCCUGAUAUUAGGGAUUUGGACGCUCACAAUCAGAGAUUACAGCAACUCGACCGGGACAUUUCCCUUACACAAUCCAAGCUACACGGCAUAGCUCCAGGACGCACCAUGCAAGCGGUAACAAACGAGUACAAUGAUAGACAGGAUCGUGUUGAGACUCUCAAUCGGCAUAUCGAUCGUCGGCGUCGCGAGGUUACCCAGCUCCAAAGACAGCUCUCUACCUUAGAGAACACCAUCAACGAACUCCGGUCCCAGAAGUUACGCCUGUCGGAGCAGCUUCAGCGAAGGACCAAUCUGGAGGAACAAAAAGCCGAGUUGAUUGCCAACAACAACACCUACGAAAGAGAAAUUACGGAUGCCGAAGCUCAGUUGAAGCCAAUCGAGUCGGAGUUACGAGAGGAGGAGAAGAAGAAAGCGGAGAUAGUGAAUAGCAAGGAAUCCAUGGAAGAAGCCAGCCAUAAAAAGCUGACGGAUAUUAAAAACAAUGGCGAAAAAGUACAAGACAAGAGUGCCGAGAUCAAACGGUACAUCAGUCAAGGUGGUAAUGAGGCGUUGCGUGACAAUGAGCGAAAGAUACAGGAGCUGGAGGCGAAGGCAGAAAGUGUUAACUCCGACAGGGAGACGUUGUCCAGCAGGAUCGACAAGCUCAAGAACGACAUCAGCAAGCAGGAGGUCCGCGCACGCGAACUUGAGGAUAACCUACAGCUUAAGAGCACCCAGGAGGAGAUUUGUAACGUGGAGAGACAGAUAGGCGAGGUGCAGAAGCAGCUGAGGCAGUACGGCAACCACGGGGACGUCACAAGAGAGAAAGCCGGGUUACAGACGCAACUAGACGACCUACGAAAAGAGAGAGCCCACCACGAGGGUAGGCAGAAAGGCUUUGAAGAAGAGAUCCGAAGAUUCCAGAAAGAUCUGCGAAGUGAAAUGUACGGGAACGCCGAGGAAAAGCACAGACAGAAAGUUAUUGACAUGAAGACUACUAAGAUGGCAAGCGGUGACCUGGAGAAGUACUACAAAGCCCUUAAUAGAGCAAUCAUGAAGUACCACAGUAUAAAGAUGGCGGAGAUCAACAAGAUUAUAAAAGAGUAUUGGAUUAAUACAUACAAAGGAAACGAUAUCGACACCAUUGAGAUACGGUCCGAAGAUGAGGACGGAAGCGGAGCUUCUAAAGCCAGGCGAACAUAUAACUAUCGGGUUGUGAUGAUAAAGGGGGACCUCGCCCUGGACAUGAGAGGACGCUGCAGUGCUGGACAGAAGGUUCUGGCGUCGUUGAUUAUCCGGCUCGCUCUCGCCGAGACGUUCUGCCUGAACUGCGGCAUCCUGACGCUUGAUGAACCAACGACUAACCUCGACGAGGAGAACAUAGAGAGCCUGGCGAACCAGCUUGCAAAUGUUAUCCGGACCCGACAGGCUCAGCGUAACUUCCAGCUUAUUGUUAUUACACACGAUGAGAACUUCGUUGAGUUACUCGGCCGGGCGGACUUCGUGGACUUCUACUACAGGAUCUCCAAAAACGACAACGGUCACUCGAAGAUUACCAAGCAAAGUGUGGCGUCACUUCACCGUGAGGAGUCUUAUAUAGAGUAGCCAAUCAACGCAUGUGCAAACCAUAGAAACCGCUGAUGAGAUUUUACUGUGCGCACUCCUUGCACGUUCAUAGCAAAAAAGAAUAUUGAAAAAUAAAGUUAUAUGACGGUUUGUA